AUGCAAUCUUUUUUACAGCGCCGGCGCGCGGGCAUUGAAGCCCAAGCGCAAAUCGACAGAGACAUCGGAAAAGCGCGGUCCUCAGCAGCGCCAAGCAGGCCUCUCGAAGUAGGCAGGGACCUCGAAAACCAAUCUUCUUCGUCACAAGAGGAGGAGAAGCAGCGAGGAAGUCCACUCUUGGAAUCACCAGACGGCACUCCCACCACCAACCCCGAAAGCAACGAGCACCGCAACCAUGACGGGGAGCACGAUGCCUCCGGUACCACCGUCGAACGGAGCCAAACGGCACGGACAGGACACUCGGAAGGCACGGCCCUCGGCCGCGUCCUAACCGGCAUCCACGUCCGCGACCGCACCGGCGAAGAGGGUCACGGCGGCCGCGUCUUCGUCGUCGGCUGGGCGGGGCCGGACGACCCCCUAGACCCGCACAACUGGCCCACGGCGAAGCGUAUCGGCGUGACGCUCCAAAUCUCCCUCAUCGCCCUCUUCGUCGGCUCCGCGUCCGGCAUCGAUGCCACGGUCCUCCCACAGGCCGCCAAGGACCUCGGCGUAAGCCAGGUCGCCGAGUCGCUCGCCACGGGCCUCUACCUCGUCGGCAUGGGCCUGGGGUCCCUCAUCGCGGGGCCCUUUUCCGAAACCUUUGGCCGCAACGCCGUGUACGCGGCCUCCAUGGCCGUCUUCAUGAUCUGGAUCAUGGCGUCCGGGCUGGCGCCCAACUUUGGCGCGCAAAUCGUCUUCCGGUUCCUGGCGGGGUGCUCCGCCUCGACGCCGCUCGUCUGCUCCGGCGGCUCCAUCGCAGACAUGUACAACCGCCUCGAAAAGACGUGGAGUUUCCCCCUCUACGCGAUCACCUGCUUCGGCGGUCCCAUGAUCGGCGCCGUCAUGGGCGCCUACAUUGGCCCUUCCAACGCCGUGAGCUGGCGCUGGGUGGAGUGGACGACGCUCAUCUCUUCCGGGCUCGUGCUGGUGCUUGUCCUGCUCUUCAUGCCCGAGACGUAUGGCCCGCUACUUUUGCAGUGGAAGGCCGCGCACUACCGCCGCAUCACGGGCGACGACCGCUUCCGCUCCGAGCACGAGAUUGUCGACGCCACGCUCUUCAGCCGUCUCAAGACGAGUAUGACGAGGCCGUUCCUCAUGCUGAUGGAGCCCAUCAUUAUCGCCAUGACGCUGUACAUUACUGUCGUCUACAUAGUCCUCUUCACCUUCCUCGUCGGGUGGCCCUACGUCUUUGAGUACACCUACGGCCUCGACCAGGGGCUCGCCAACAUCAUCUUCAUCUCCAUGUUCGUCGGCACGCAGGUCAACUUCCUCUUUGUGCCCUUCAUCUACGCCAAGACGGCAAAACGGGUCAAAAGUGACGGUGAAAAAGCGAGCUUCAAACCGGAGAUCCGUCUGUGGUACGCCACCUCCGGCGCGGCCAUCUCCGUCCCCAUCUCGCUUUUCUGGCUCGGCUGGACGAACUUCGCCAGUAUCAGCGUCUGGUCCGCCAUCUUCGCGGUCGCCGUUUUCGGGUACGGCGUCACCGGAAUCUUCAUGUGCGUGUACAUGUACAUAAUCGACUCGUACGAGAUCUACUCGGCGUCGGCGCUCACGUUCGUCGCGCUCAUCAGGUACAUGGUUGCGGGAGGCAUGACCGUGGUUGGAAUACCAUUCUUCGAGAAGAUGGGAACGCACUACACUCUGACCAUUCUCGCCUGUAUAUCAGCUGUGCUUGCGCCGAUCCCGUACGUUUUGUAUUACUAUGGCCACUGGCUCAGGGCCAAGAGUCGCUUUGCCGUAUCAAUGUAA